AACGAGAGGAGGUGGAGUGGGAAAUGCUAUAUAGUCAAACACUCCGUGGAGCGCCUCCCUCAUCUACUUAGAUUUUAGAUCACUUUAACAGUGCAAAAGCUGAGGCUUUCUUUGUCAGUUUACAAAAAAAAAGGUCCUCUUCCAAUUUUGCAAAAUGGAAUCUGUUUCCAUGGCAAACAAUAACUUUGCCCUUGAGCUGUUUAGCAAGAUCAAGAAAGACAACAAGACUGGCAAUGUCUUCUUCUCCUCUCUCAGCAUCUCCUCCUCGCUGGCCAUGGUGUCUCUUGGAGCUGCAGGCAACACAGCAACUCAGAUGUCUGAGGUCUUGAGCUUCAACAAACCAGUGAAGCCUAAGUCUGCUCAACCAGUAGCAGCCCAACAUGCACAACAAACCCAGAAAUUCCAGUUACCAGCUGCAUUAAAAAAGGCUCUUCACCACGAUAAAGCCACAGAUGACAUCCAUGUCAGCUUUAACAAACUGAUGCAGCAACUAAACAAAGCAGGAGCACCUUAUUCCCUCAGUCUGGCCAAUAGGCUUUAUGGAGAGCAGUCCUAUAAAUUUGUGGAGAAAUUUCUGAGUGACACAAAAAAACACUACAAUGCUGAGCUAGAAACUGUUGACUUUCAAUCAAAUGCAGAAGCCGCGCGUGUCAAAAUCAACAGCUGGGUGGAGAAACAAACUAAAGAAAAGAUCAAGGACUUGCUGGCAAAAGGAAUUGUUGAUAGUUUGACCAAACUUGUCUUGGUGAAUGCCAUCUACUUUAAGGGCAGCUGGGAAAAGCAGUUUAAGGUAGAGGCAACAACAGAGACUCCUUUUAAAAUCAACAAGAACGACACAAAACCAGUGCAGAUGAUGACCCAAAAGGCUAAGUUUCCCCUGGCCUUUAUACCUGGUUUGCAGUUUAACAUUAUAGAACUGCCAUAUGUGGGCAAGGAGCUCAGUAUGCUAAUUAUGCUACCUGUUGAGAUUGCAGACGAUACUACUGGCCUUGAGAAGAUCGAACAAGCGCUCAAUUAUGAGAACUUCAUGGAGUGGACACGGCCUGAUAUGAUGGACUUGGUCGAAGUGCAAGUGUCUUUGCCACGGUUCAAACUGGAAGAAACCUACGACAUGAAAGAGCUGCUUGUCAGCAUGGGCAUGGCAGAUGCCUUUGACAUGGUCAAAGCUGACUUUUCACAAAUGUCUCCUUGUGAUGAUUUGGUGCUCUCCAAGGUGGUCCACAAGUCUUUUGUAGAAGUGAAUGAGGAAGGCACUGAAGCAGCUGCGGCUACUGCGGCUGUCAUGAUGCUGCGUUGUGCUAUGAUGACUGUGUCCUUUAAGGCAGACCACCCCUUCCUCUUUUUCAUUCAACACAAACCAACCCGAAGCAUUCUCUUUUGUGGACGCUACAGCAGUCCUUAAAUCGCCUGAUGCUCUUAAGUGCAAUUAUAACUCUAUGCAGUCAUUUGAUGCCUUACUUAAAGAAGUGUACUGACUGGAUAAUAAAAAUAUAUGUAAAGUUGUAACUGACAUACAGUAAAGCACUUUGGCAAAAUGAUACAAUCAUUAACCAAAUAAAAUAAACAUAUUCUUCAUCACA